AGUUAAAGGGUAUUUGAUUGACCUUUGAACCUUUAUUUUGACUGAUACAAUAUUAAAAAUUCAAGCGGCCAAGGUGCAGACUUUUCCUUCUACGUUUCCUUUUAAUUUAGUUUAAAAAAUGCUUAACAGAAUAAUUAUCAAUAAAGGAUGCCAAAAAAUAUUUCAGAGAGGUAUAGCAUCCCUCUCCAGCCUCCCAGAAUCACAUCAAAUGCUCCAGAAGACAUGCCGGGAUUUUGCAGACAAUGAACUUAGACCCAAUGCAGCAAAAUUUGAUCGGGAGCAUUUAUUUCCAAAAGAUCAAAUUCGUCAAAUGGGUGAUCUUGGGUUGAUGUGCAUUGCUGUUCCGGAAAAAUAUAAUGGCACUGAUUUGGAUUAUUUAGCUUACGCCAUUGCCUUGGAGGAAAUAUCCCGAGGAUGUGCCUCCACGGGGGUAAUUAUGUCUGUGCACAACACCCUGUACCUUGGUCCACUUCUUGGCAAUGCAACAGAGGAGCAAAAGGAGAAAUAUGUGCGUCCAUAUGCCAAUGCUGAGAAAAUUGGAUGUUUCGCCUUGUCUGAGCCAGGGAAUGGAUCUGAUGCUGGAGCUGCAUCAACAAUGGCUGUAGCAAAGGGUGACCAAUGGGUACUGAAUGGAACAAAAGCCUGGAUCACCAAUGCAUUUGAAGCCGAUGCUGCAGUUCUCUUUGCCACAACGGAUAAAAAUCUCAAACAUAAAGGAAUUUCGGCAUUUAUCGUACCGAAAGACAGUCCAGGAUUUUCCCUUGGGAAGAAGGAAGAUAAAUUGGGUAUUCGUGGUUCAUCAACAUGUAGUAUCAUUCUGGAAGACUGUUUAAUUCCCAAAGAAAAUCUUCUGGGGAAAUUGGGCGAUGGUUUCAAAAUUGCUAUGAAAACUCUCGAUGCUGGACGCAUUGGGAUUGCAAGUCAGGCACUUGGAAUUGCCCAGGCAUCCCUGGAAUUGGCCGUGGACUAUGCAAAUAAACGUACUGCCUUUGGAAAGUCAAUUUCAAAGUUGCAGACAAUCCAGCAUAAAAUAGCCGAUAUGGCCCUUCGUGUGGAAUCAGCUCGUCUAUUAACAUGGCGCGCCGCAUGGUUAAAAGACAACGGAAAACCCUAUACCAAAGAAGCGGCAAUGGCCAAAUUGGCCGCCUCUGAAGCAGCAACAUUUGUCUCCCAUCAAUGUAUCCAAAUAUUGGGUGGAAUGGGAUAUGUUGCUGAUAUGCCAGCUGAACGGCAUUAUCGUGAUGCACGUAUUACGGAGAUUUACGAAGGAACAUCAGAGAUACAGAGAUUAGUUAUUGCUGGAUCAGUUUUUAAGGAGAUGGCAUAAAAUUGCGCGUUGGGACCUUAAUCGAGAAGACUAAAAUAUUUUUAAUGAAGUUUCUUUUGGGUUGGGUAAUUCAUAUAAUUUACUUAUCAUGGAUUAUAAUCAAGAAGAAGUUGUAAUGUUUUUAUAUGAAACUUUCAUAAUUCUUAAUAAAAUCUUAUUUCUUUA